AGAGUAGAGGAGAGGUGUGGAAAGAGCAGUCGGACUGAAAGGGGUGAGGAGAGAGAGACACAAGCGUUAUAUGAAGAGAGGAUAGACAGAUCACAGAGGAAAAGAAGAGGGAUGAUAGAGGGAGUGGAUGGAGUAAAACUAAGUGAGAUGUGAAUGAUGGGGUGAGACCAAGGAGGCAUGAUAGAACAGUAAAGCAGAAGGGAGGGAUGACAGGGACGUGUCCUGUGAUAAAGAGGUGCCCUGCUGUCAGUAACUCGUGGAUUCUUCUCAAAGGCCCCACUCAAAUCCCUAGACGACAGAAAAAAAGGAGUAACAUCUGUUUAUGCACAUAUUUCUGUUAAAACCCCCCUGGAAAAAACUGAGAUUGACGGAAGAUAAAACACAUUUAAAAAUGAAACAUUAAAAGGAACAAAUUGCCACUGGAGAAACUAAGCAAAGUCGACCUGGUUGAGGAAUCCAUCAUCUCGGGAACAACAUCUUCGGAGAAAGGCCAGGGUCAUGUCCCAGUUGCCAUGCGCAUCACCACGGUGACCUGCCUUCCCUGCCCCUCCCCCCUCCUCCUCCUAUUGGUCCAGCUGCUACUGCGGGUCCUCCUCCCUGGGCCAGAAUUUGUAGGGGCCGCCUCCCCCUGCCCCACCCAUUGCAGCUGCUCCAAUCAGGCCAGUCGAGUCAUCUGUACAAGACAGAGUCUGGAUGGGGUGCCUGAGAGCAUAUCAGUCAACACACGAUACCUCAACCUGCAAGAGAAUUCAAUAGAGGUUAUCAAGUCAGACACCUUCAAGCACUUGAGGCACCUUGAGAUCCUGCAGCUGUCUAAGAACAAAAUCAGUCAGAUUGAGGUGGGAGCAUUCAAUGGCCUGCCCAACCUCAACACGCUGGAGCUGUUCGACAACCGCCUCACUCUGGUCCCCUCACAGGCCUUCGAGUACCUCAGCAAGCUGCGGGAGCUGUGGCUACGGAACAACCCCAUCGAGACGCUGCCGGGCUACGCCUUCCACCGCGUGCCCUCGCUACGCCGCCUGGACCUGGGAGAGCUCAAGAAGCUGGACUACAUCUCAGACGCCGCCUUCGUGGGCCUGGUCAACCUGCGCUACCUGAACCUGGGCAUGUGUGGUCUGAAGGACAUCCCCAACCUGACGGCCCUGGUGCGUCUGGAGGAGCUGGAGCUGUCUGGGAACCGUCUGGAGAUCAUCCGGCCUGGCUCUUUCCAGGGCCUGGUGUCGCUCCGUAAACUGUGGCUCAUGCACUCGCAAGUGAAGGUCAUCGAGCGCAACGCCUUCGACGACCUGAAGAACCUGGAGGAGCUCAACCUUUCCCACAACUCCCUGCACUCGCUGCCCCAUGACCUCUUCACUCCACUGCACCAGCUGGAGCGGGUGCACCUCAACCACAACCCCUGGGUGUGCAACUGUGACGUGCUGUGGCUCAGCUGGUGGCUAAAGGAGACAGUGCCCAGUAACACCACAUGCUGCGCCCGCUGCCACGCUCCCCCAGGCCUGAAGGGCAGGUACAUCGGGGAGCUGGACCAGAGCCACUUCACCUGCUACGCUCCCGUCAUCGUGGAGCCGCCCACCGACCUCAACGUUACCGAGGGCAUGGCUGCAGAGCUGAAGUGUCGCACGGGCACCACCAUGACCUCGGUCAACUGGCUCACGCCCAACGGCACCCUGAUGACCCACGGCUCCUACCGGGUCCGGAUCUCCGUCCUGCACGACGGUACGCUCAACUUUACCAACGUCACGCUGAGGGACACGGGUCAGUACACCUGCAUGGUGACCAACUCGGCUGGCAACACCACAGCAACCGCCGUGCUCAACGUCACUGCUGCCGACGUUGGCGUCAGCUACUUCACUACUGUCACCGUGGAGACGGUGGAGCCCAACGAGGGCCCGACAGUCUACGCGGGUGUCAUGAACAGCCACAACGAGUCAUACGUCAUUACCCCAUCUGGCCACCAGUGGAGGGGGGGGGUCCCUACCACCGCCUCCUCCCUGUCAGCCUGGUCCUUGUCCUCGUCCCGGGCCACCCGGCCCACCUUUACUGUGUCCAUCACUGCCGAGACGGGCUACUCUGGCCUUGACGACGUGAUGAAGACCACCAAGAUCAUCAUUGGCUGCUUCGUGGCCAUCACCUUCAUGGCGGCCGUGAUGCUGGUGGUCUUCUACAAGCUGAGGAAGCAGCACCAGCUGCACAAGCACCACGGCCCCGCCCGCGCCAUCGAAAUCAUCAACGUGGAGGACGAGAUUGGCGCCGGUGCCGGCGGACGCGGGAGCGGCAUCUCGGGGGGAGGCACCAUCUCUCGGGAUGGAGGCGGAGGGGGAGGAGUAGGAGGAGGGCAGAGCCUGAGGAUGCACCACCCGGAGAUGGUCAACCUGCCCAACCUGGCCAGACAGGAGCACCUCAACCACUACUACAAGGCACACCACUUCAACAACAACAUGAUGGGCCUGGGCAUGGGCCUCAACAACAACAACAAUCCCUCCCUCUCCCUCUCCCCCUGCUCCCAGACCCAGAGCACCCCCAACUCCUGCGCACAGGGACCCACCUCCACCAGCGGAGGCACCCCCACGGGUGGCUCGCUGCCCUCCCCCGUGCCCCUGCCCCAGCUGGGCAUCCACAGCUCUCUGAAGGGGCUCUUGGGGAAAGGCCAGAACCCUCAGAUCGAGCCUCUGCUCUUCAAGAGUGGCUCCAAGGAGAAUGUGCAAGAGACUCAGAUCUGAGAGAAAGACAGAGACAGAUGGAAAAAGAGAAAGAGAUGAAGAGACAGAAAAACAGGGAGAUGGAGGGAGAGAGAAAGAGGAGUCUGAUUGUACUAUCCCCAUGGCCAUAUUUUGAUAGGAAGUGUAGUCAGGCAGAAUAUGAAUAUUACAUAGACACUACUUUGUAUGGUUAGUGCAUAGAGAGAGAGAGAGAGAGAGAGAGAGAGAGAGAGAGAGAGUCAAGGGGGGAGAUUGUUCUCACACCUCUACUGUGUCUGCUCAACACCCGUCCAAGCAUUAACAUUAAUCUUCUGAGACACUCCAAGACACACACACACACACACACACACACACACACACACACAGCCCGACACAACGACAGGAACACUCUUUCAGCUAACACAUACACAGUGCAUUAUGAGAUUGACAACUAUGUGCCAAACUUGCGCAUAUCUGUGUCAAAGUAAAAGCCCUCACAAU